AUCCAUUCAGCCCGAUCCGCCCCACAGGAGGAGUCCAUCCAGCGUCUAUCCCGGACCUGUAGGAUUUUAUUUACCCUAAACUUCCCUUCCCGGUGAAUUUAACAUUUCUUAACCGACUCUGGUGUUUUGUCAAGAUGGGUUCGUUGUUUCGGAGUGAGGAGAUGUGCCUGGCCCAGCUCUUUCUGCAGUCCGGGUCCGCUUACGACUGCACCAGUGAGCUCGGCGAACUCGGGCUAGUGGAGUUCAGAGACCUUAACCCAAGUGUGAACUCUUUUCAGCGAAAGUUUGUCAGUGAAAUCAAGAGAUGUGAAGAGAUGGAGAGGAUUCUGGGAUAUCUUCUGAGGGAAAUUAAAAAAGAAGACAUCCCUCUGCCAAAAGAGGAUGUGAACCCAGCUGCACCAUUACCCAAACAUGUGAUGGUCAUAAUGGAGCAACUUCAGAGACUGGAACUGGAGCUGAGUGAGGUCACCAGGAACAAGGAGAAACUUCAGAAGAACCUUCUAGAACUGAUUGAGUACACACACAUGCUGCACAUCACACGCAACUUUGUCCACCGCAAGCCAUGUAUGAAGUAUGAAGAGUUCCAGUAUGAAGAGUUCCCCUUCCUAGAGAAAGAACCCAUGAUGGACUACACCAGCAUGCAGAGGCUUGGAGCCAAGCUUGGGUUCAUUUCUGGGCUGAUCCAGAGUGUAAAAAUCGAGGCAUUUGAGCGAAUGCUCUGGAGAGUGUGUAAGGGCUACACAAUCCUCAACUACUCUGAGGUAGAUGGGCUUCUGGAGGACCCUGAUACGGGGGAGCCAACCAGGAGUGUGGUGUUCCUCAUCUCUUACUGGGGAGAGCAGAUUGGACAGAAAGUUAAGAAGAUUUGUGACUGCUACCACUGUCACCUGUACCCGUACCCCAACAGUAAUGAGGAGAGGAACGAUGUGGUGGAGGGGCUCCGCACACGCAUUCAGGACUUGCACACGGUUCUUCACCGUACUGAGGAUUACCUGAGGCAGGUGUUGAUCAAGGCCUCAGAGUCUGUGUACAUUUGGGUGAUCCAAGUUAAGAAAAUGAAGGCCAUAUAUCACAUCUUCAACCUCUGCAGUUUUGAUGUCACAAACAAGUGCCUCAUAGCUGAGGUGUGGUGUCCCGUAAAUGAUCUGCCCGCACUUCGGCGAGCUCUAGAGGAUGGAUCGAGGAAGAGUGGAUCCACAGUUCCCUCAUUUGUCAAUCGUAUCCCAAGCAACGACACUCCACCAACCCUCAUACGCACCACUAAGUUUACCUCAGGCUUUCAGAAUAUAGUGGACGCCUACGGCGUAAGCAGCUACAGAGAGGUCAACCCAGCUCCAUAUACAAUCAUUACCUUUCCCUUCCUGUUUGCGGUGAUGUUUGGAGACCUCGGGCAUGGCGUCAUCAUGGCGUUGUUUGCUCUGUGGAUGGUUCUCUACGAGAAUGACCGCAAACUAAAGAAAACCAGAAAUGAGGUCUGGAACAUUUUUUUCGAGGGCCGUUACAUCAUCCUGUUGAUGGGUAUAUUUUCAGUCUACACUGGAUUAAUAUACAACGACUGCUUCUCCAAGUCAGUCAACCUGUUUGGCUCGGGGUGGAACGUCCGUGCCAUGUAUGAUCAUGGAGGCUGGAAUGAACACACGGUCAGAUCAAAUAGCUUCCUUGCACUGGAUCCAAAUGUCGCAGGAGUCUUUAAGGGGCCAUAUCCUCUGGGCAUUGACCCGAUCUGGAACCUGGCGUCAAACCGUCUCACCUUCCUGAACUCCUAUAAGAUGAAGAUGUCUGUGAUCGUAGGAAUAAUCCACAUGACUUUUGGAGUCGUCCUUGGUGUUUUCAAUCACCUGCACUUCAGACGGACAUUCAAUCUGUACCUGAUAUUUAUCCCGGAGCUGCUCUUCCUGUUGUGCCUCUUCGGCUAUCUGGCCUUCAUGAUCGUUUAUAAGUGGCUGUUUUUCACAGUCAGAGACUCUCAGACAGCUCCCAGCAUUCUCAUCCACUUCAUCAACAUGUUCCUGAUGCAGGGGGACUCCAGUCAACCCCUCUACCCAGGACAGGCUGGGUUUCAGGUGUUCCUGGUGAUUGUGGCUGUGCUCUCUGUGCCGGUGUUAUUAUUGGGCAAACCUCUCUACCUCCACUGGCAACACAAGGGCAGAGACCGCCUGCGCAUGUACCGGGGUUAUCAGCGUGUACGGCGGAGCAGUGAAGAGGAGCUCUCUCUCAUGCAUGCUCACGAUAUGGAGGAGGGCACCAGUCUGGACAGCCACUCCUCCAGCUCUGACAGCCAAUCAGAGGAGUUUGAUUUUGCAGAUGUCUUCCUCCAUCAGUCCAUCCACACUAUAGAGUACUGCCUGGGCUGCAUCUCUAAUACUGCAUCUUACCUCCGCCUGUGGGCUCUCAGCCUGGCACAUGCCCGGUGGAGUUUCAGAAUAAGUUCUACAGCGGUGCCGGUGUCAAGUUUGUACCGUUUGCCUUCUCUCUUUUGCACACCAGCUUUGAAAAUGAGGGGCUGUUAUGAGCUGCAGGAUGCUAAAGACCAGACCAGACCAGAGCGGAUCUGUGAGCUUCAUGAACAGAUUUACAUACAGAGGUGUAGCACUACAUGCCAAAGUGCUCCAGCCAAAUACUCUUUGGGGAUUAUAUGGAGAUACCAGAUCAGCAUUGACAUACUGAGCCACAUCAGAUGCUUGAUCAUUUUUGGACAUGCGACCAUAGCAUAAACUCACUGAGAAAAAGCAACAGCUCCAGACAGUAAAUAGGACUCUUGAGUGCUUUUUUUUAUCUGUUGAAUGUAUUAACUCUUCACAGGAGUGCUGGUUGUGAUGGAAGUAUCUUUUUUCUACCAUGUUGGCUGAUGGCUAUGAAGAGAUCGAUUCUCCAUAGUAGAGCACAUUCCAUGAGUGACUUUAAGGUUUAACUUUCAUGUCAAUUUGCUGUAGAGCAAGAAUUUUUUACUGCUUGUGUAGAUUCCAGCAUUUUCAUCCUGCUGCUUUCAUCCUCCACAGUGUUGAAACAUGAUUGUGGCUCAUGUAGGUCAUUCAUAGUGUUGAUUCGUACUGUGCUUAGAUAACAACUGAUUUGGACACAGUAUUUGUCAGAUGUUGGCAACAAGAUGCUCAGAAAGGGCAACAAUGACUUGUGUAAAUUCUUAAUGCUGAUUAGCCCAGAUCUCGUUUCUGUUGGGUUGUAUAGAUCGAGCUUCAUGAGGCCUUUGUUGUUGCUGAUCAUCUUUGUGUUUGAAAAAUCUCAAGAACCCCUGCUAGCCCACAGGAAGCUCAGAUAUUUCUAAGUGCCUAACAUGCUGAAUGUAUACUGAUGGGUGGGUGGUGGAUUGAAUUUUUCAGAUGAAGUCAUUCAGAACUUAAUUUGUUGAAAUGCGUUGCAUUGUUUUGCUGUUCAGGGCAAAGCUUAAAGGCUGAGAGUUGUAAAACUCUCAAUAUGAAAUUAAUUUUAAUUGUAUUGUAAAUUGUGAUGUUUUUAGUGAUUUUUAACUCCCAGAUCUCCCAGAUUCAGUUACUCUGUUCUGCCUCUCCAGAAUGAGUUUGUGUAUUGUUAAGGUAAUUUACAUUCCACAUUUUGCAUAUGAUCUCUAUAUUAUCAUUACACAAUAAAAUCAAACCUGUGAAGCUGGGGUUAUAAAACAUGAAUAAAAUGACUCUUGCUA